AUGGAGAACUUCUCACUCCUCAGCAUUUCUGGACUACGAAUCUCCUCCUCAGCCAUGAGCACUUUCCCUGACAUUAUAUCCUCCCGUGCCACCAGUUUACCAGACAUUACAAAGACUGCGGUACCUGCUGAGGCAUCCAGCCCAGCUCAGGCCCUGCCACCCCAGUACCAAAGCAGCGUUCUCCGGGACAGGAUGCCUAACACGGCGCUCUCGCCAGACUGCACAGUAGGGGACACCCAGAGCGGGGAGCAGCUGAGGCGGAACUGCACCAUCUACAGGCCCUGGUUCUCCCCAUACAGCUAUUUUGUAUGCACGGACAAGGAGAGCCACCUGGAGGCUUACAACUUGCCAGAGGUGCAGCGGGAUGUGGGCAGAGGGGACAGCUACCUUGCUGAGGACAUAGCUGAGAGUGUUUGCUCCUCCUCCUCCUCCUCCCCAGAGAACAUCUGCCCUCGAGAGACCACCAAGAAAUCCAGGCAUGGCCUAGACUCCAAAGACUACAUUACAUCCCAGGACAUCCUGAUGGCCUCCAAGUGGCACCCAGCCCAGCAGAACGGCUAUAAAUGUGUGGCUUGCUGUCGCAUGUACCCCACGCUGCACUCGCUGAAGAGCCAUAUCAAGGGGGGCUUCAAGGAGGGCUUCAGCUGCAAGGUGUACUACCGAAAGCUCAAAACCCUCUGGGGCAAGGAGCAAAAGGCGCAGCCCGGGGACAGGCUUUCAGGUAGCUGCCCAGCCUCAAAGUAG